CCUUGGGACUGUGAGAUUAGAACGCAGCCAAAGUCUAGUGCACCAAUCUGUCUGUCUUUGUCCUGUUUGGAUAAGAAGCGCCUCGUGUGCUGAAGCAGCUUCACUCCUGCCACGUCCGCCCAGCUCACCCCACGUCAGGCAGCUCCGAGAGGGACACGAGAAUGAACGGCAUAAUCAAUGGAAACUGCAACUACGACCAUCAGGAGGGGUCCUUCAUGUUUACCUCCGAGUCGGUGGGAGAGGGACAUCCUGAUAAGAUCUGCGAUCAGAUCAGUGACGCUGUGCUGGACGCUCACCUGAAGCAGGACCCCGACGCCAAAGUGGCCUGUGAGACGGUGUGCAAGACAGGCAUGGUGCUGCUUUGUGGCGAGAUCACGUCCCGCGCCAACGUGGACUACCAGAGAGUGGUGAGAGACACCAUCCAACAUAUCGGUUAUGACAACUCAGCGAAAGGCUUUGAUUAUAAGACCUGUAAUGUGCUGGUGGCCCUCGAGCAGCAGUCCCCUGAUAUCGCACAGGGAGUUCAUAUCGAUCGUCUUGAGAGCGACAUCGGAGCUGGAGACCAGGGUCUGAUGUUUGGAUACGCCACAGACGAGACAGAGGAGUGCAUGCCUCUCACCAUCAUCCUCGCACACAAGCUCAACGCCAAGAUGGCCGACCUGAGACGAACCGGGGAAGUUCCCUGGCUGCAGCCGGACUCCAAGACGCAGGUGACAGUUCAUUAUACCCAGGAAAACGGUGCCGUGAUCCCCAAGAGGGUCCACACCGUGGUGAUCUCAGUGCAGCACGACGACUACGUGAGUCUGGAGGAGCAGAAGAACGUUCUGAAGGAGAAAGUCAUCAAGGCGGUCGUCCCUGCAAGGUACCUGGACGAGAACACCGUCUAUCACCUGCAGCCCAGCGGACGCUUUGUGAUCGGUGGACCGCAGGGUGAUGCUGGAGUGACGGGCAGGAAGAUCAUCGUCGACACAUACGGAGGCUGGGGGGCCCACGGCGGGGGGGCCUUCUCUGGGAAGGACUACACCAAAGUGGACCGCUCGGCUGCGUACGCUGCCCGCUGGGUGGCAAAGUCUCUGGUGAAGGCCAAACUGUGCAGGAGGGUCCUGGUGCAGGUUGCGUAUGCGAUCGGAGUCGCUCACCCUCUGUCCAUCUCCGUGUUCACGUUCGGCUCCUCACAGAAGAGCGAGACGGAGCUGCUGCACAUCGUCAAUAAAAACUUUGAUCUCAGACCCGGUGUCAUCGUCAGGGACCUGGACCUGAAGAGACCCAUCUACCAGAAGACGGCCUGUUACGGACACUUUGGCAGGAAGGACUUUCCCUGGGAAACCCCAAAGAACCUCAACUUCUAGUGUGUCUGUGUACCAGUGUAUGAGUGUGUGUGUUGGGGUAUGCGUGUGUUUGUGUGUUAUAGAUAGCGACCCUCGUGCUCCUGUAACCCAGUAGGAGGAAGGCAGCUGCCAGCGGACCAGGGAGGGGACGGGACGGGUCAGGGUGGGGGUGCAGAUAACCUCUGGUCAUUGGACGAGAGUACGAGGAUUGUCGCCCUUCAAUGGCUACAAGAACUACAAGUGAGCUGUUUGGUAUUUUCGUCCCGUACAUGCACGUGCUCGGUCACGUGCUGUUCGCGGCUAUUUGGCUUUUCAGUCCGAAGUUAAGGGAAUGACCAAAUUUUGUAGGAGAACAGCCAUUGAUACUUCAGCAGAGACGUUCAGAACCACGACGAUGCCUUAACCACAAUCAUUAAUACACACUUUUGUAUUUUUGUAUGACUGAUACUGUGAUACUGUGCCUGAGUGUCCGCAGGGUUAGACGUGACACCGGGUGAGGACGAAGCCUUCAGAGAUUUUGAACAAACAAUAAAGACUGUGAAGCUUUU